CGUAUUAAUCACUGUGUCUUAGCUCAAAGUCCGCUCGUCUGUAACUUCAGUGAUGUUUUCUCCUAUUAAAUAAGAUUUGUAUCACCCACUCUUCCUCACAUGAUGGCAGAGGUCUUCUAUGUUGGCGUGGACGUGGGCACUGCCAGUGUUAGGGCUGCUCUAGUGACCAGGGAUGGGCUGCUCAAGAGCACUUCAGAAGAGCCUAUCAGCAUCUGGGAGCCCCAGUCUGACCACUAUGUCCAGUCCUCCACUGAGAUCUGGGACAAAUGCUGCACAGUUGUUAAGAGGGUUACCAGUGGAAUCGAGAGGAGCCAGGUACGGGGGAUCGGUUUCGAUGCGACCUGCUCUUUGGUGGUUUUGGACCAGAACUUCCAGCCUGUUCCAGUCAUUCAGGAUGGUGAGAAUGAAAAGAACGUGGUGAUGUGGAUGGACCACCGUGCUGCAGAACAGGCCGCUCGCAUAACAGACACCGGCCACGGGGUCCUGACCAGGGUGGGAGGGGUCAUGUCACCAGAGAUGCAACCCCCUAAGCUGCUUUGGCUCAAAGAGAAUCUGAAGGAAAGCUGCUGGAACAAAGCUGCUCAUUUUUUGGACCUUCCAGACUUCCUGUCCUGGAAGGCAACAGGCUGUUUGACAAGGUCUUUAUGUACUCUAGUGUGUAAAUGGACUUAUUGCCCUCCAGAUGGAUGGGAUGCCAGUUUCUGGACUAUGAUUGGACUGGAGGAUCUUCUGGAAAACAACUUUUCUAAAAUAGGCAGUGUGACCUGUCCUCCAGGCAGCCCGCUGGGAGAUGGCCUCACCCAGGAGGCAGCAGCAGAUCUGGGUCUGGAGCCCACCACUGCUGUCGGAGCCUCUCUUAUUGAUGCUCAUGCUGGAGGCCUAGGUGUGAUUGGAGCAGAUGUGAAAGGAUUCCACCUGCCUUGUGAGGAUCAGCCAAUCACAUCACGCAUGGCGAUGAUCUGUGGGACGUCAUCCUGUCACAUGGCGAUCAGCCAGCAGCCUCUGUUUGUACCUGGAGUGUGGGGGCCCUACCUGUCAGCCAUGGUGCCCAAUCUAUGGCUCAAUGAGGGAGGACAGAGUGCCACUGGGAGGCUGAUUGACCACAUGGUGAAGGGCCACACCGCCUACACCCAGCUCCAGGAACAGAUACAGCAGAGAUCUCCCUUUAUUGGUGAGAACAUCUACAGCUACCUGAACAACCACCUCAGUUUGAUGGCUAAUUCUCACUCUGCUGUCGACCUGCUGGGCUCUAGUCUUCAUGUGUGGCCGGACUUUCACGGAAACAGGUCGCCGCUAGCUGAUCCCACCUUAAAAGGCAUGGUGGUUGGACUCUCAUUUUCUCAAACCGUGGACGACUUGGCCUUGCUCUAUUUGGCCACCGUUCAAGCCCUGGCUCUUGGCACGUUUCAUAUUCUGGAGGCCAUGAAAGAAGCAGGACAUGACAUCAGAACCCUCUUCCUGUGUGGUGGGCUCAGUAAAAAUGCCCUGUUUGUUCAGAUUCACGCCAAUGCUACAGGAUUGCCUGUGGUGUUGCCAGACCAGACAGAGGCUGUUUUAGUGGGGGCAGCGGUCCUGGGUGCAUGUGCGUCACAGGACUACAGCACUAUACAGGAGGCAAUGGCGAAAAUGGCUAAAGUGGGAAAAGUCAUUCAACCUGACCAUGAACUGAAGAGCUUCUACAACAGGAAGUACAAAGUGUUCCUGCGUCUGGUUGCCCACCAGAGGGAGUACCAGUCCCUUAUGAACUUGAGAUGACACCAUCUGUGGGAGGUGGAGGAGUUGAGUCUCUGACGUAAAACUGAUGAUAAAUCCACACACUGGAAAACGGGGACAAAAAGCUCCAGUCUGCUGCUAUUCUUUACCAACACGAUCCUGUUUCAUCCUGAAAAAAAAAGUAUAUUCUGAUGAUCUUAAUUCUAAUAUCCAGGGAUUAUUGGUUGAAUAUAUGUACAAUUUCAGAAACAUAUGCACAUGAGACCAGAUAAGAAGUAAAAAGGGAAGACUGUUUUGGUAUUAGGUCAAAUUUUACAGCGUUUGUGUGGCAUUCACGUCUGUACUGUACUGUCAUCAGACUUAUUGUUAAUAAAUAAUUAAAAU